GUGAAGCGGGUAUGUAUCCAGCUUUGUCUGGUGUUUUUAGCUGCUGUAUUGGUUCAUAGAGGUUUAGAUCCUCAUUCUUUGUCCAGUAUAGAUCAUUUGGUGGGGGUACCGAUGAUGUAUUUGGUAAGUUAGACAUGAUGUAUAGUUAAGGUUAAAAGACGAUUAAAGCCUGUUUUAUAGCUCUAUCAGCUUGUACCUGGACGACAUAGCAAAUUUGUCUGUAUAAGUGCCGUGCCGAGAGUUUCACUUUUAUCUUAGUAACUCUAUGAGAGUUUAGAUGUCCCUUUGUUAGCAAAUUUUCUAGUAUUCUCGGUUAUAUUUAUUAUUAUAGUUCUGUAUAUUAAAGCUAUUAUUUAAAUUAAUCUAUCAAUCUACUCUAAAAUGCUAUGUUAAAAUGCGUCAUAGCAAUUUAAGGUGCGGAUAAACUAUAAUAAAGCUGUGCAGAUGGAAAUACGCUCAACUAGUCCGAAAGUAUAUGAAAAUAUAGUAUCAUAAUAUAAAAUACCACGAUAUACCUCUUCUAUCCCUACGACGAUGGUAUUCGGCCUGAAAUCGAAAGAUCACGCCAAUACAGAGCAAGAAGGCGAAGCUAAUGAAGCAAAAUAUCAACAAGACGUCAGCGAAUUAGAGAAUGAACUCAAGCAAUCGGAGAAAGCUGGCGGUAAAGUCCACACUUUCGACCCAAAUGACGAUCCAAGUAGCAAAAAGAAAGCUGCAGUAAAAAGUGGCGCUGCACCUGAUACGGGGAACAAGGAAACUGAGGGUACAGCUUUGGAUUUGGAUGAUGAAGAUAACUCCGUCGAAAUGAGUGCAACGACGACGCUUGACGACGCAGCAAAAGCUACAAACGAUGCAGCUGAGAAAGGCGACGCAAAGGAGGAUGAAUUACCUGCGAAAUCAACCGAGAAAACUCCAGACGAUGACAUUCCAGGCAAAAUUCCUCCCUGGUACAAAGUCGGUCAUAAGAUGUCACUCACUGCACUCGACACUAACUUGAACGAUGAUGUUGAAUUGAAUAGAUUGGCAACUAGAUUCUUUGGUAAAUGGUACAUGAACUCAGGUGUCCUUAUCCUCUCAAUGAUUCUCACGAUCGUUAUCGGAAAGUUCAAUUUAGGUUUCGGUUGGGUCUUACUCGUUCUCGCCGGUGCAAGCACGUUCUAUAAUAUACAUAUGGUCCGUAUGAAGCGCAACAUCAAGGAUGAUAUCAGCAGGGAACUCUCCAUCAACCGUCUCGAAAGUCAACAUGAAUCUGCUGAAUGGGUGAACAGUUUCUUGGAUAGAUUUUGGCUUAUCUAUGAGCCAGUGCUAAGUGCAACGAUCGUUAGCUCAGUUGAUCAGGUUCUCAGUCAAAAUACACCAGGUUUCCUCGAUUCAAUUCGUAUGACUCAAUUUACACUUGGUAACAAAGCUCCUGAUAUCGAGUACGUUAAGACCUGGCCAAAUGCUGGUAAUGGUCUCAUUCAAAUGGAUUGGAGAGUCGCUUUCAAACCAUCUGAUAAGUCGAACAUCACUCCAAAUGAGGCCAAAAAGCAAGUCAAUCCAAAGAUCGUCUUGGCUGUCAGAGUAGGUAAAGGUGUUGUCGGAAAAGCCCUCCCUAUCCUUCUUGAAGAUAUGAAUUUUAGUGGUUACAUGAGAAUAAAGUUCACAUUGGAUAAGGAUUUCCCAUUCAUCAAACUUGUCGGUGUUAGUUUCCUUGAACGCCCUAAAUUCGACUAUGUAUUGAAACCUAUCGGUGGUGAUACCUUUGGAUUUGAUGUUGGUAAUAUUCCAGGAUUGAGUGCGUUCAUUACAGGCCAAGUACACUCUAAUAUGGGACCAAUGAUGUACCAUCCAAACGAAUUCACUCUCAACAUCAAGGAAAUUCUCGCUGGAACACCAAUGGAUGCCGCUGUCGGUGUGAUCAAGGUUGAAAUUAACUCAGCUCGUCACCUCAAGACAUCUAAACUUGGCGGUGGAAAACCAGAUCCAUAUGUUUCAUUCAACAUUGGCGCUAACGUUGAUAUUGACAGAACCGCAACAAUACAGAAUGCAUCUGAGCCAAGCUGGAAUGAAGUCAAGUACCUUUUGCUGACAAACUUGAAUGACAUGCUUAUUAUGAACGUCAUGGAUUUCAAUGAUCAUAGGAAAGACAGUGAUAUCGGUAUGGCAUCAUUCGAUCUCGCAACACUUAAUGAGGAGAGAAAUAGCAAGGACUCAAAUGCCAAGAUUAUCUACGAUGGAAAGGAACAUGGUUUGCUCGACUAUGGUAUUCACUUCUUCCCCGUCCUUGAACCAUCGAAGGAUGAGGAAGGAAAUGUCAUCCCUCCACCAGAUCUUCCAAGUGGUGUUGUUAGAGUUUCAAUAACACAGGCGCAAGAUCUCGAUAGCAGUGGGUCAAUCUUUAAUGGAAACAUAUCUCCAUAUGCAGUUCUCAGAGUCGGUAAAAAGCAAAUACACAAGACACAGACAAUGAAGCAAACCAAAAAUCCAAAUUGGGGUAAUAACAAAGAAUACCUCGUCAAGAAUAAGAACAAAAGUAUGGUAUCUGUUGAAGUAUUUGAUGACAAGGAUUUCGCAACCAAUACUUCACUUGGUACAGUAACAGUAAGCUUGACUGACUUGCUUACUGCUAAGGAGAGACAAAUUGACUGGUUCAACUUAUCUAACGUUAAAUGUGGUAGAAUAAAGAUUGAGGCUACAUUCAAACCAAUCGAUUUUAACAAUUGAUGUAAUUACAACAAAAAAGAAGCGAAGGAAAACAUUCUAUUUAAUGAACAAUGCACGUAUUAUACUUUUCUACUCCUAGAUUUUUUCUUUACGACUUUGCUAAUACUUCCACUCUCAAUUGCUGUUGGUUCGAGAUUUUGCGUGCUGGCUGAUUUGAGUGAUGACGUCCCACUUGAAGUUUUAGGGUAGAAGAGUGGUGUACUGUUACCACUACUGGCAUUCUCAUCAAUAUCAAGGUUCACAACUGGGACAUCGUCUAAGUCAUCCGAAUCUGUUCCUUUAUCUUUCUUGGAUUUUAUAUAAUAUGGGUUGGCAUCUCGUUCAGCUUUGAGUGCAGCUUUACGUCUCUUUCUUUCAGCCCUCUCUUCUGGUGUUUCUUGACGUAGCUUUGUACUGUGACGGCGCUCCUCUUUAUUCUCCUGUGGUUGUAUUUCUGGUUCGUCAUCUGUGUAGGAUUCUUCAUCGAUAUUGACAAAAAGUGGCACGUUGAGAUCAAAUUUCACCAUCUCUUCGUCCUCUUUCACUUCUAAUGCUUUGUUGAAAUAAAUGCUACUAACGAGGUAUAGUGAUUUCGGACAUUCGUUGCUAUCUUGAUCUUUUAUAAGAUCACCAUAAACGACAUUGAGGAGAUUGAGCAAUUGUCUUGCGCGCUCCUUUACUUCUACAUCUGCGAUCGUAGUGUAUGCAAUAAUUCCAUCUCUUGUUUCACUCGUCAAGUUUGUCAAUUCGGUCAAUUUCGUCUGACGAUCCCUAAUAUCAUCUUCCCAGCCAUUUGCAACAAGCAUUGCAUGUAUACCAUACACUCGAGCAAUGGAAAUGACUGUCAAACCCAUCACGAAAUGAGAUGUUUCAAGGAAUUUAGGAUGUAUCAAUUGCUGUAUUGUAGGUUGAGCGGCUUCUAGAAACAUAGCAUAUUCACCAGUAAUAUAUACAGCAGCAGGAAGUAAAUCAGAAACCAUACUAACUGGUAUAUCUGUUUCGACAUAUUCAACUAGCAUAUCCUGCAUUACAUUCGUAGCGUAUUGGCGUGUUUGUGGAUAAUUUACGGCAAUAUCAACCAAAAGUUGUGAAAAUUCCUCACCCAAUUCAUCGAUACCUUCAGAACCUCUCGACGGUGGUACAACUUUUGCAAGUUGCAUAAUAACAUUAAUAAGCCAACUAAACGAUGGUAUGUUGGUAUAAUGGUCUUUUUUGCAAAUCUUUAUUAUCUCCUGCGCGAGUUGGCGAAUGUAGUUUUUUGGUGUGGACUUCGUGCCACCGGUUAAGGCAUCCUUCGCACUCGUUUGUGUUGGUAAGAGUUGCUCAAAAAGUUUGUUCAUUACCCGUUCCACGUUGCUCUUCGUUACUAUCGCACUUAGUAUUUCAAGACCGCGAAGGCGAAUCAGAGUGUCGACAUCAUCAAGUGUGCUCAACAGUGCGUCUUCAUGUUCAUAAAGCAGGUGGGCAUGAUGGGGUACCAUCUGGGCAAUUGCUAAUAGCGAGACAUACUUAAGAUUCUGAUCCUCCUCAUCCAGAAAUUGGGUAAGUUUCUCGAGGCACUUCUCAGCUAGGUCACCAGUUGAUAACAUUCCACCGAUGAUGCAGGUCAGGACGCAUUCAUAAAGAACACUAACUGCAGUAGUAUUUUCGAUCAGUUCAUUUAUCGGACUGAAUAGCUUCCUCUGUAGACGUGGCUCAUAUGGUAAAAGAGUAGCGAACAACUUGAGUACUUUGAUAACAAGCCAAUUGUUUGUCGAUGAUGUCAGUAAGCGGUAUAACGAGGGAGCGAAAUGGAGACAUUGAGUUGGGUAGCUAGUUGCUAAUUCUGUUAUCGCCGAUACGGUUGCCACUAUGACUCCCGGAUCCUGAUCGUUUAAUCUCUCUCUAAGGCGUUUUUUGAAAUCGGCCAAUUCGAAAUCAUUUGUUAAAGUGAUUGAUUUGAGAAUAGCAGCGACGGAUUUUUGACGUACUGAUGGUUUUGUAUGUGUGGUAAGUCUACUUAUAUCGCUAGCCAAGUCGACGGAUAACUCAGGGGUUGCUAUACUCGUAAAUGACGUUAAUGCUAGUCCGGGCUCAGAUUGAAGAUCUUUCUUAAGUAAGUUUGGCAUGAGCAUCAUAACUUCAGUUUGGCUAUUGAAAGACUGAUUGGCUGCUAAAUAACCGAUUGCUUUCAGGUGUGCUUUCGAUGAUGAUGCAGUUUCUAUGAUAGGGAAAGCGGACCAGGAGAUAUCGAAUCCAAGCAUUUCAAUAUAGGUCAAUUUCAAGAUUGCGGUUGAUUUGAUAUCGAUAUCAGAAUUCCUAAUCUCUACCUUUAUCUCAUCUAAAACGCUUUCUAUAAAUUUCCUCUCAUCGUCCUUGUUAGCUCGUAAUCCCUGAGAGAUGGGAGAUGAGAUGGUGUAGAUAGAGG